UGUUUCUGUUGUCGACGUUGUGUUCAGUGGCGGUCGUGGCGGUAGUCUAGUGUGUACUCGGUAUCUACAUAUAUAUUAUAGAUAUAGGGGUAACUUGGUCUCGGUUGUUGAGAAUUGAGAUUGAGAGAAGUGAACUAAGUAACUGAACGAACGAACGACGAACGAACGAGUGAGUGCUGUUGUGUGAUUGCUGUUAAUAACUUUAGCUUUAUACUGUCACACACAUAAGCAAGAUGGAGGAUCUCGCAGUCGAAGUAUGCGGCGAAAACGGAGCGUAUUAUAAGGCCUACGUUACGGAUGUAUUUGAAAAUGAAGUACUGGUGGCAUUUGAUAAUGACUGGCAACCCGAAUCAAAGUUUCCAUUUGCUCAAGUACGUCUACCGAUGAAAGAAGUACCGAAACCUGAAUUUCAAGAGAAUCAGGAAAUAGAAGUCUACUCACGUGCUAAUGAUUCGGAAGCUUGUGGUUGGUGGAAAGCUCUCAUUAAGAUGAUUAAAGGCGGUUUUCAAGUUGUUGAAUACGUAGGAUGGGAGUAUAGUUAUACAGAAAUAGUUGCUGUCGAACGUAUAAGAAUGAAAAAUACAAAUCCGCCAAUUGAUAAAAAUACCUUUCAUAAAAUUGAAAUAGAAGUACCUGAAGAACUAAGAGAAUAUGCCAAAAUGGACAAUGCACACAAAAAAUUUCAAAAAGCAAUAGGAGCAGCUGUAUGUCGAUACCUUCCAGAACGUGGAAUACUAUUGGCUAUUUCCCGUAAUGAAAAUAUGCGUCGGCACAGUAGUAUGAUUCAGGAAAUGCAUUUUCGAAAUUUAUCUCAAAAAGUGUUGCUGUUAAAACGAACAGAAGAAGCAGCGCGACAACUUGAAUCUACUAAAUUACAAACUGUCGGCGGCAAAUUUCGAUCAUCAAACUUAAAUUAUCACCGUGUCUCAGACUAUGAGGCAGGAUCAAGAGCUAAUAAUUCAAGGUAUACAGACGAAUUUAAUGUACGAGAAGAUUUAAUGGGUUUAGCCAUUGGCGCACAUGGCGCUAAUAUACAACAGGCACGUAAAGUUGAAGGCAUAACUAAUAUUGAAUUAGAAGAAAAUUCGUGUACAUUUAAAAUUUAUGGCGAGACUCUUGAAGCUGUAAAAAAAGCACGUUCGAUACUAGAAUACAGUGAAGAAUCUAUCCAAGUACCGCGAGUUCUCGUUGGCAAAGUGAUCGGAAAAAAUGGUCGUAUUAUUCAAGAAAUAGUUGACAAAAGUGGUGUGAUAACAUCUGGCUCGAGUGGGAAUGUACAUACUGAUAGAGUACGAGUUAAAAUAGAAGGUGAUAAUGAACCACAACCGACAAUUCCACGUGAAGAGGGGCAGGUACCUUUUGUAUUUGUCGGUACGGUUGAAAGUAUUGCCAAUGCUAAAGUACUUUUAGAGUAUCACUUAGCACAUUUAAAGGAAGUGGAACAAUUACGACAAGAAAAAUUAGAAAUAGACCAACAAUUAAGAAGUAUGCAUGGAUCAACAACUGGACCAAUACCUAGUUUUCCACCAACAAGACGCGGUCCUGAAGAAGGUGGCGGUGGACGAGGUGGUCGUGGUGGUCAGUCACGUGGACGUGGUCGAGGUAGAGCACCCGCACGGCACAAUACUGGACCACGACGAGACCAAAUGGACAACCGUGACGAUGAUCGUAUUCGUGAUUUACCUCCACGUGGUGGCGGUCAUCAGGGACAUCAUAAUCAAGGCGGACAUCAUAAUCAGGGUGGUGGUAAUUCUGGUUAUAUGGGUAAUAGACAAAUGAGACCACAAGUGCCACGACGUGAUAGAAGAGACGAUCGACGUCGUACUACUGAUGACGAAGAUACUGUACUUGAUAGUCAAGAUGUUUCUAGUGUUGAUCGAGAAUCGGUAUCAAGUGUCGAAGGAAAACCUAGAGGAAAUCGGCGAAGGUCAAUACGCACGAGAAGACGAAGCGCAACACCUGAUUUUAAUCGACAAGGCGGUAAUUCAACGGGUGAACAAUUAACAAAUAAAGACGGAGUACCCUCGAACGAUAUGAUAAUUUCAAAUAACAGUGGAUCCCAGGGUCCUAAAGGACAGAGAGGAGGUGAUCGCCGUAAUUCACAUUGGCGGAACCCGACAAAUAACAAACCCAAGGAGACUCUGGUAAAUGGUACCAGUGGCUAAUAUAUAAAUUGUUUAGUAAAACAAUGAAAAAAUAUAUAAAAAUAAUUAAAAAUCACAACUACAACUACAACUACAUCUAUUAAAUAAAAUAAUUAAAAUGAAAAAAAUACACUACUGUAAUGACUUGACGAAUUCUACAUUAUCUACACUACUAUAAAUAUCGUAAGUCCAACAUAUAUACAUUAUAAAUUACGAUAUAGAUACUUGAAUACAAAAUGGAUAUUAAAAAAAUAAUAAUAAUGAUAAUAGUAACAACAAAAGACGACAACUUUUAAAAAUUGUUAUUUAAAAAAAAAAGAUUAAUUGAUUAUUAUUAAUCACAAUUAAUAUUACUUGUUAAUUUAUCGAUUUAAUUAUAAUUAAUCGACCGUUAAUCAAA